GGCGUAAUUCUGCGUGGCGUGUACUCUGGGUAUCGAAAUAGGAGCGGCUGCCCUGAGGGCCCUCGUUGUGCUGGGAACUCGUGAGCGGCGGAAGCAGCGACAGUCCAGAAUGGCGGUUCCUGGGAGGCGCAAUGGUCUUGACGACGACGACGACGACAACUUCGAAGAUGACAACGCCCUCUUUGAAGAAAAUGGCCUGGUGGAGCUUGAUGAAUCGGAUACGCCUCCUCAUCUCCGCGACCUAGCCACGGCCUCCCAGUCUGGUGACGUCCACAAUCUCCGCCGAGCUCUAGAUAACUUGACUGGAAGCAUUGACGAGCCUGUGGAAGAUGGGGAUACGGCUCUACAUCUGACCUGCUUAUAUGGCCAUUUAUCGUGUGUCCAGCUACUUCUGGAUAGAGGAGCAAACAUGGAAUCUAAGGAUGAAGAUGGUGCAAUUCCAUUGCAUGAUGCUUGUGCAGGAGGUGAUAUGUAGUUAUUUUCCAAGUGUUAUCCACUGCUACUUAACAGAGCUGAUAAUGCAGAGCAUAUAAGGAGGAUGCUUGAAUCAGUUGAUUCAGAGGGUGAUACACCGCUCCAUCACGCUGCUAGAGGCGAGCAUGUUGAUGUCGUUAGGUUAUUGCUGUCUCAUGGUGCAUCUCCCACGAAGACAAACUUAUAUGGAAAGAUCCCAGCAGAAUUACUUGAUCACAGCACAGACGCUGGGAGAUUGCUGGAAGCUGCUGGUGCUACUUCCCUACCACCUCACUAGCAAUGUGAUGGGUGGAACACGUUUAAAUUCAUUUAGACGGAUGUUCUAGAUUCGAAGUCGCUUCGUUAAGCUACCCAAAAUCUGAGAAUUCAUUGUUUGCCUAAUGCUAGAAGUUCAAAAAUGAUAUAUUAGAGAACACGUGAGUUCCUUUAUACUGAUUUCAUAUUUUGCCAGUAUUCAGGGCAAAUUGGGAAAUUGCAGAUGCCUGACCUAGGAUACGUUUUAGGUUAGGUUAUUCAAUCAUGUAAAAAUAUGUGAAUUUUUUUAUUCCAUCUCACUAUUUCAAUCACUAA